AUGGUCAAGAAGUCGCAGGAGACCAAGGAGAAGAAGGCACUGAAGGCAGCGUCUGGAACACGCAAGGACAAGAAGAAGUGGGGAGAAGCAAAGAAGAAGGAGGAUGUGCGCAAGAUCGUGACUGUGUCUGAGGAGCUGCUUGGGAAGGUGCGCAAGGAGGUGAUGCGAGCGAAUGUGGUGACGCGGUUUUCUGUCGGGUCGCGGCACAAUCUGAAUCUUGGAGUGGCGGAGAAUGUGCUGAGGCACCUGUGCAUGGAGGGAGUGAUUGAGAAGGUGCGGGCGAAUCCGCGGAUAACUGUGUAUGCGGCUGUGAGGGAGAGCAGUGAGGCGGCAGCAAGCGUGGUAGCGGUGCAGGAAGCAGUACAGUGA